UUUUUCUCUGUUCAAUAAAUAAACUUGAUUGUGAUAGUCUGUUUACAGCUGUGGCUCUGGAGGUCAAGCGGUCGUCCACUAAGCUGGAGGUCGGCCGUUCGAUCCCAGCUUCCCUCAGUUUAACCCAUUUACCACAAACGGAAGAAAUAUGUUAUUGAAACAGACAUAUUCAUAUUUAUAUGUACUUGUUUAUUCAGGCUCCCUCAAUCAAUCCUUACGUUUUUUCAAGUGAUGUAAAUGAGUUCAUGUGUGACGAGACAAGUCCCAUGACGUCAUCACAUGUGUAAAACUUGCUCCACAUGUUUGAUAUUGAGUCAUUUUUCGUUUGAAUGUUUAUCAAUCAUCAGCUUCAUCUGGAGGAGCGGAGCUGUAGGUGAUGAAGAUGAUGAAGACGAUGAGGAGGAGGGGGGGCAGCCUCCGGGCCGCAGGGCGGGGCGACGCCGCGCAGCAGCAGCUUCAUCACCGCGGAGCGACACCGACCUCCUGCUCGUCUCCAGGCCGCGGCAGGACGCCGGAGCGCGGCCGGUUCCUCCUCAGUCACCGCCGGUCCGGUUCCAGCCGAUGAGGAGGAGGAUGAGGAUGAAGAUGCGGUGUGUGUGUGCGCUGUAGCAGACGGAGUGUGUGUGUGUGUGAGCGGGAGCAUCGCGCUCCGAUGCAGCAGAAGAAGAAUCGCCAUUGUUUGGAUGCGCAGCAGACUGGGAGGAAAACCCCGGAGACAGCGCCGCGUCCCCCGCGGGUCCCCGCCGCCAUGUCCCCGCUGCUGCUCACCGCCGCGCUGCUCGGCCUCGUCCAGAGGUCGUCGACCUUCCUCGUGUCCCUGAGCGAUGGCGGUCUGAUCUCAGCGUCUCUGGAACGUUCCGACCUUCAGGAGAACGUGACGUCGUACGCCGCUCAGUUCUCCGGAGAACCUCGACCUGUCGUGCUGGAGUUCAGGAACGUGAGCGAGCCGCUGCUCUUCAACGCGUCGCUCCACGGCCUCUGCUACUCUGUGGGUCUGCUGCUGAGACGUGGUCCGACCUGGUCCCGACCCGUGAAGACGGCGUCCGUCCUCACGAAGCCACUCCCCGUCCUCAGCGUCCAGAUCUCCGACUACAGAGAGUCUCCAGAAACCGGCGUGGUGUUUCAGUUCGACGCUCCGUCUGGAAACGUGUUCAGCAGAGUGAACAUCAGCUUCACCGAGGGUCAAGAGAGACGCUCGUUCCUCUACAAAGAUUUCUACAAAGGGAAGACGGUUUUCAAACACUGGUUGCCGGGCGUCUGUUACCGUGACAUCACCUUCCAGCUGAUCUCCGAGGCGACAGCGUCCCAGAUGCCGCUGGUGACACACAGCGACGUCACGCACACGCCGGUGACCCACAGGACCGUGCCCUACCCCCCCCUCAACAUUUCCCAUAAGAUCGUCCACCUGAGCCCCAGGGCGGGUCCGGGCGAUGCCCCCAACACGCCCCCUCCUGACGGGAACCAGGAGAACGCCCGAUCCGUCCGUCAAGCGCAGGACGUCCCGCUGAUGGAGGGGGAGGAGGAGGUGUCCACUCUGGUUCCACUCGACCCGCCACAGAACCAGAACCUGUCGGGAACCGCCGCCUUCCUGCUGAGCGCCAACCAGACGACUCCGAGCUACUGGCUGGACCCGCCCGACCCAACCGACCCGACUCCGGCCGACGGCGACGACGAGUUCGUGAACGCCGUGGUGUCGGAGUACGAGGACUCCAACGAGCCCGGCUCGGCCAUGGGCCUCCCCUCCGACCCGCCGGUCCUGCCCACCUUGCUGCCCCCCGUCCUGCUGGAGCUGCGCUGGCUGCCGCCACGAGCGCCGACCAGCUAUGACGGCUUCAUUGUCUUCAUCCACAGAGACGGCAACGCGACAGAAACUGCAACUGUGGACGAGAACACUCACGAGUUUUUCUCGGAGCUGACGGAAGCGGGAACAUACCGGGUCCAGGUCACGACCUUGAGCUCGGCCGGAGACUGUGACGCCAGAGAGAGCGCCGCCGACACCAGCUUCACCUUCUACCUCGGCCCGGGUGGCGAGCUGCUGGAGGAGCUGCGGCAGCGUCCCCAGUCCGUCAGCGUGCGGCUGCUGGACUCCAGCACCGCCGCCGUCUCCUGGGCGCCGUCACCCGAGGACCACAACGGCAGCCUGGUGUCGGUCGUGUCCACCACCUGCCUGAAGCCCAGUCCGAGCCAGAGGAUGGAGAACACUUACUGCAGCGAGGAGAACUCUACGAGUGACAUCAUCAGUGACCUCACCCCCGGGGCCCAGUACCGGGUUCUGGUGUAUCACACUAACGGGCCGCUGCUCAGUCCGCCGUCGGAGCCCGUCAUCAUCGACAUCGAACCAACCGGCGUCCGCGAGCUCGCCGUCUACCCGCUGAGCCCGACCGCCGUGAUCCUGAGCUGGCAGCGUCCCUACCACGUGUCCUUCAGGAAGUUCGUCCUGCAGACCUUCUUCUUCAACCCCGUCACGCUCGCCUCCGAGUGGACCACCUACUACGAGAUCGCCGCCACCGCCUCCGUCAUCGCCUCCGUGAGGGUCACCGACCUGCUGCCCGCCUGGUACUACAACUUCCGUGUUUCCAUGGUGACGUGGGGCGAGCCGCCGCUCAGCUGCUGCGAUGGCGCCACCGUGAGCUUCGUCACCGCUCCCGAGGCUCCUCAUGUUUCAUUGGUCGAUUACUCUCAUGGCGUCCUGUACGUCCGGUGGACGUACGGCGAACUCUUCAUCGACCUGUCACACUCAAGGAUGCUUCACUGGCAGGUGGUCGCCGUGGGAAAGAAGAGCGCCGAGAGGAGCUACUCCGUUGACGUGACUCGUAACGUGAUGUGGGCGAGCCUCCCUCUGCCUCCGGGAGACAUCUACAACCUAACGGUGACGGCGUGCACCGCCCGCAGCAGGAACACGUCCACGCCGAACAUCAUCAAACUGGAGCCGGCUCCUCCCAGGUCUCUGUUGGCCGUGAACGCCACGCACUCGUCCGUCACUCUGCUGUGGAGCGAGGAGGGAGUGGUCGACUACUACCUGGUCGUCUGUCGACCCGUCAGAGGAGUGACGGGGCUGAAGGCGCGGGAGCCUCUGAUGGUCGACGCCCACCUGGUGACGGUUUCCGGUUUGCCGCCGUCGUCGUCGUUCAACUGCAGCGUCACGAGCUUCAGCUACAACACGGCCAGUAAACCUGCUCACGUCACCAUCAGCACCGUGGCUAAAGAGAUGAAUCCCAGCGUGGCGGCCAUUUCGGCUCUGUCCGUCCUCAGCGUCCUGCUCGUCAGUCUGCUCGUCCUCUUCCUGCUCGUCCUGAGAAAGAAACACCAGCAGAUGAGCAGAGAAUGUGGAGCGGAGACGUUCGUCAACUUCGCUUCGUUCGAGCGAGAUGGGAAACUUCCGUACAACUGGCGAAGAAGCCUCUUUGCCUUCCUUACCCUCCUGCCAUCCUGCCUUUGGACUGACUAUCUUUUGGCUUUUUAUAUUAAUCCUUGGAGCAAGACGGCGUUAAAGAAACGGAAGCUGACGAGUCCGGUUCAGCUCGACGACUUCGACGCCUACUUCAAGGAAAUGAGCAAAGACUCAGCGUAUAAGUUCUCGCUGCAGUUUGAGGAGCUGAAGAGCGUCGGUCUGGAUCUUUCCCAUGAUGCAGCUGAUCUGCCCGUCAACAGGCCCAAGAACCGAUACACCAACAUCCUCCCAUACGACUUCAGUCGAGUCAAGUUGGUGUCGAUGCACAACGACGAAGGAUCCGACUACGUCAACGCAAACUUCAUCCCUGGAUACAAACAUGCGAAGGAAUACAUCGCGACUCAGGGUCCGCUGCCCGAGACUCGUAACGACUUCUGGAAGAUGGUCCUGCAGCAGAAGUGUCCCAUCGUGGUGAUGCUCACUCAGUGUAACGAGCGGCGGCGGGUGAAGUGCGACCACUACUGGCCGUUCACAGACGAGCCGGUGAUGUACGGAGAGAUCAGCGUGGAGAUGCUCUCUGAGAGCGAGUCUCCGGAGUGGACCAUCAGGAAGUUCAGACUGGGAUACGCCGACGAGUCUCAGGACGUCCUGCACCUGAACUACACCUCGUGGCCGGAUCACGGCGUGCCCACGGUCAACGCCAUCGAGAGCAUCCUGCAGUUCGUCCACAUCGUCCGUCAGCAGGCCAACAGGACCCGAGACCCGAUCAUCGUCCACUGCAGCGCUGGAGUCGGCCGGACCGGGACCUUCAUUGCUCUGGAUCGUCUCAUGCAACACAUCAGGGAACACGAGUUCGCUGAUGUCCUGGGGCUGGUGUCCGACAUGAGGUCCCACCGUCUGUGCAUGGUCCAGACUGAGGAGCAGUACGUGUUCAUCCACCAGUGUGUGCUGCUCAUGUGGCAGAAGAAGAAACAUCAGUCCAUCACCUCAGACGUCGUCUACGAGAACGCCAGCAAGACAUAAGGCGGACACUCCUCCAGACGCGGUGAACACGCCUCCUGUGUGUUAAGAGUCCAUUCUCUGCAGAAGAAGAAGAUCAGCUUCAUCAUCAGUAUCAAGAAACAAAACAUCAACGACACGUGACAAAAUAAAAUAAUCCAGAUUUUUGUUUGAAUUGGUGUAAAAGCACGAGGAUGGAGUUUUGCCUUACGGAGCCGCCACCGACCGACCUGACCCUCCACGUCCCCGCCCUCUGACCUGGACUGACUCACGCCAACGUGGCGUCGGAGGAACGAGCUCCGUCGACUGGACGUCUGCUAUGUGUCCGUCCUCCUUCAGAUGACAGGAAGCAACGAGUCGCAGUUUUUCAUUUUUAUUUAUGUUUUAAAUCUCAGGAGUCGCUGACAAACCGGCGAGCACACGACCUCGUCCUCCGCUCGCCACCAGGUGACAUCACGAUUAUCAAACUUCGUGGUCGUCUGACGUUUCACGCUCGCUCCUGACAACACUAAGUGGAUGAAAUAAACCUCCAGAAUUUUCCUUUUCGUCCGACGAACCAACACGUAAUAAAUUUUUUCCGGGUCUACACAAAAACAGUGGAAGGGAACAAACGGGCGCCGCCUGCAGGCGUCCGGCCGCCGGCGUCCCGCUGCUGUUCAGCCGGUUCAAGGCGAGGCGCUAUGGCGGCGGAGCUGUAGUUUGUAUUUGCACUGAAGCCUCUGAGCAGCUGCUUCUGACUGUGGACGACGGAGUCGCUCACAGUCCGUCCAUCCGUCCUCGCCACCGUGGACGACACGAGUCUGGAUCUGAAGACGAAGAUCGACCGGAGGAUUUUAACCUUCUGAGGUUUGUGACCUCAGCGGCUGCAACAAUCUGCAGAGACGGAUCAUAUCUGACAAAAACAAUAUCUGACGACAGAGGAGAGACGGUUUCAGCUGAACUACAUUAAAAACACAGACUGUAAAUAAAGACGAGGACGUGUCUCCACUUCCUGAACGUGAAGCUAAAAUAUCUCAGAUUCAGAAGCCGCCAUCUUGUGCCGGUGACGUCAUCAUCACAUUUAUUAUUAUUAUUAUUAUUAUUGUUAUUAUGUGGCGUCAAAGUCCUCAAAUGACAGAAUCGUCUUGUCCCAUCACAUGGAGGGGGCGGGGCUUAUGAGUUGUAAUGCAGCCAGCCACCAGGGGGCGAUCGUGAUGUUUGACUUCCUGUCGUCCGUCUUUAUUUACAGUCUGUUGAGUUUCUCUUCGUGUUGCUGAAGUCGACAGAAAUGUUUCUCCUCAGAUCUCCGACUUGAGCCUUCGAUCAAAACAACAACUUUAAUAAAACUACAAAUAUUGUUUUCAAACUUGAAAAUCACGUUUUAACUUGAUACUUUGACUGAAUUGGUUUAAAUGCCCCUGAAUUACUUCACGAUCACAAUCCAUAGUCAACGUUUAUCUCAUUAACCUCAAAAUGAAUUAUGGUUUUGUUUGAUUUUGGCUCGGGUCGGACGUUCACCAUAUCUGUACAGAAGCAUCAUGUCUGUUCGUGAAAUCAUAUCCAGAUUAUUGACGAUAGUUUAGUUGAAACAUUUCUCUCUUUUUCAGGAAGUUCAGGGUGUCGUCAGAAUAAAAGCACCGCGUGAGGUUUGGUAAAGAGUCGGAGAUUGUUCUGCGUCUUCCUGUGUUAAUGAAAUGUUUCAUGUGCAUCAGCUGACUGGAGCUUCAGGUCAUUUAAAUUAAUUUCUCACUGACUCAGCACCGUAGUGAACAAGCUGUAAGACUGGUAGAAAUGAUUUUAUUGUCAAGAUGUUAAUGCGGAUGAGUUAUGAAUAUUUUCCAACACGUCACUAAAUGUUCAGCUGAAGACAUCGAUUCAUCGCAGCGAUGCUUUUUAUUUCAAAAUGUUUUUCUACACUGACUGUUUGUAACUGUUUUUAAAAUGUUUCAUAUCGACUUUAUCAUUUCAAACACUAAAAACCACCGUCGUGUCAUUUUCACCACAUUUUGUACAAACUUCUGAAACCGAGUCGUUGUUGUUCAAACUCUUAUGAUUAUGAUUCAUAAUCUUAGUUUUACAGUCGACAUUAGUCAGUUCACUAGUUUCUUUAUUGAACCUUCUCCUUUGAAUUUUGUUUUCCCAGAAAAUCAACUUGAACAAACGUAGAAGAAGUUUUCAUUCUUUUGAUGACACCUUGUUUCUGAUUGGACGAAUGAAGGAAUCGGAUGAAUGUUUGUAAAAAGGCAUCGGACACUUGUUGACUUGUACAGUGAUUCAUCAUCGUGGCCUUCGUGGUUCAAACUGCUGAGUCAUCACAUGUACUGUACACGUACUGUACACGUACUGUACAUAUUACUACUGUUCACUUCUGUUUCUACUCGUCAGGACAAAGUCAGUCUGUGGAGAUGUUUGUUUUUUUAAAUCUUCUUGUGACGUGAAUCAUCUUGACUGAUCUUCGUCCUCUUGUCUCCACGACGACCGGACGCUCGGGUGUUUCCGGUGUCGACUCGUGUGAACUUGGAGAACUCUACGAUUCUUUCUGUCGAACUUGUUUGUGUCGUCGUGAGUCACAGAGUUUUAAUGUGUUUGUGUUGGAACAAAUAAACUGUUGCAGUCA